CGCUGAAGAAUUGACGUUUCCGAAGUUGUUUUCUCACUUUUCUUGAGGAUUUUCAACUAAAGGACGAUGGAAAAGUACACUUUGGCAGAUGUUUUAGUGGUGGAAGAGGAAAAGCUUGGAGUUCAAGGCCUCAUCCGGAAAGACUGGAAAGACUUAAAUGAUGAUGAUAAUGAUGGAAUUGUAGCAACAAGAGCUCUCCCGGAUGAAGAAUACAAAUGUACGAAAUGCCCUGAAAACUUCUCACUGAGCAUUCAGCUCGAGGAGCACAUGAGAAUCGUUCAUGGCGCCAAAAGGGCCAAGAAACGAGUUCAGUGUGAAGAAUGCUCGAAGAUCUUCGCAAGUGCGGCGAAAUUGCGGGCUCACGUGGAGCGUGAGCACGGUUCAAGGCACAAGAACACGGGCAAUUAUCAACUGCACAGAUGUGAGAUCUGCGAUCAAGUGUUCAAUCGCCAGGACAAAUUCAAUACACACAUGAAGCGGAUUCACAUGAAGUACCUCAGAAGAUUCCUCAGAGGCUUUGCGGAGCCACUAAAGUAAUCCGCCGUUUACUCCACAGGUUCUGAUGGCAAGAUCGCUGGCUCAAGUGCCCUGACUUGCCCCGUUUGUGGAAGUUAUUACUGGGUGGUUGGACUCCAUAGGAGGCACUUGGAGAGAGUUCACAAGAAGACUAAAUUCUUCAAGUGCAGCAUUUCCUGCACUUGCAGGAUAAAAGCAAAAGGAUGCUGCAGAAUCUGACGAGGAACUGUUUGAGUACCGGGUUGGUGUUCCACGAAAUUUCGCAGAGGUCAACUGCUCAUACACAGAAUAGCGCAUAAUAAAAGAAAGCAGAGGAAAAGAAACCGAAAGUGCCAAAGCCUCCUUAACCAAUGAUUCCACAGGCUCCGGAAAUACUGAAGUGUGUGAACUGCAUCAAAACCUUCAGAGCUGACGAGGAACUUCGGAAUCACAAGCUAAAAUGCAAAACAUUUCUCUGGCAUCCUGCUGCAGAUCCGCUGAGAAUCAGUCUAAUUCCGGAUAAACUUGCGUCUUUAGAUUCAGAUAUGAAUGAAUUUUCGAACCUUUCAAGCCCGAUAUUGGAGAUUUCUGAUGACGAAAUUGUAGGAAAUCCCUUAAUCGAUCAUUCGUAUGCAUUCAUGGUGGAUUAAAUGAAGUGUGGAGAGCCAAAUAAAUGAAUGUAACAAUAAAGA